AUGUCUUCCAACAACUCUGGUUAUCCCUGGUAUGUGUACGGGCCUAAUGGCCAGCUCGAUCCCGGUGGCGUUGCAGAUUGCAUAUUGCGCCACCCAGAAAUUCUACGACGAGGGAUAGAUCUGCGUACAGCCUUGAAACCCGGUGUCGUGUUCGCUACUAGGGUGGAACAGCCAGCUUGGGUUGUCAAGAUCCUCAACCCAGAUGGAGAGGAGCUCGCCAUCUACGAACGGCUGCUGCGCGAACGUUGGCGUCCGAACAAUCACACUAUCCCUGCCGAGAUCAAUUACGACGACCAUCCCAUACUGAUCAUGCCGAUGCUCUUCGACACAUACAUUAUCCAUCGCAAACAGAGGAACCCGCACACGCUCGUGGAUAUGAUCAUUCGAUUCAUCGAGGGAGUGGAGUACCUGCACAGCCUACACAUCGUUCAUAUGGAUCUGUGCCCCGAUAACGUGCUCACGGCAGCUCACUGGCAUAUGGAUCAUCACAAAGAGGCAGGCCUCAAGAGACUGUACAUCAUAGACUUUGACUUAGCGAAGCAAUUCGCACUCGGACCCGGCGUGCAGCGUGUGAUCACGCUCCCGGAGACCCAGUUACCGCCCCCCAAUGGAUUGACGCACUUCGACCCUUACUCUUGCGACGUGCACUGCGCAGGACGCGCGCUCGAGUGGCUCGUCGAGCUUUCAUGGAUCAGGCCACGCUCCUCGGCGGAGUGGGUCCCCAUGGGGCUCAUGCUGUCGGAGCUGUCGUCCGCAGACUGGGUCCUGCUGGGCACCGCCGAAACAGUGGUAUAG